AUGCGCCCGCUCGGGAGUUCGGGACGCGAUGUCGACGCGCGCGCGUUCAGGGCGACGGUGAAGGGGUCGGGCGAUGCCCACGGGGGCGUCCCGGUGGAGAUCGCGAUCAGCGCGCGCGGUGUCCGCGUCGAUCGCGUCGUCGCGCGAGGGCGGGGAAACGGCGUGGAGGAACACGUGGUAUCGCUCGCCAAGUUUCCGUGGACGAGCGUGCUCGGGGCGAGCUGGGAGAGGGAUGAGAUUGCGAUCGCGUGCGUGGCGAACGGCGCGGCGCGAGACGUCUGCGCGCGCGCGGAAUCGUCCGCGGACGCGGAAGCGUUGGGAAGAAUCGUGCGCGCGCGCGCGCGAGGGAUGCGUGAGAGACGCGAGGGCGAGAGUCCGUCCACGAGUGGGUCGUUGGUGAGAGAUUUGAGAGAGGAGAACGCGUUGCUCGCAGAGGCGCUGCGCUCGGCGGAGGACGCGCUCGCGCGCGCGGCGCGCGGCGAGGGUGAGACGGUGGACUUGGACGAUGGGAACGUCGGGAGAGAGAUUAAGAUUGCGAGUUUGAGGAAAAAUCUCGAGUACGAGCAGUCGCGGUGCGCGCGAUUACGAGAAGACGUCGAGGAGCAGCGCGGCAAGUUGGAGCGAUACAGAGCGCUGGAGGACGUCAUGGGAAGAGAGAACGAAGCGCUGCGACGGGAUCUUCGUAGCGCGAAAGAGGAGCGAGAUAAGGCGACGCGGCGAGCGGAGGCAUCGGAAGUCAUGGCGGCGCACGCGAAGAAUGAGAUCGCCGCGAUAGAGGGCGGUCGCGUGGCGGACUCGGAGCUCUCGAAAGAAAACGUCGAGCUGAAACGAGAGCUUGCGAUUGCAAACUCGGCCAAAUCGACCGCAGAGGAGCACCUAAAGCUCACUCUCGCGCACUUACGAGCUGCAAGGGAUGAGAACGUUCGAUUGACGUCCGAGUUGCUGAAGAAGACGGAGGAGAGCGUGAACAUGCAGGCUCGUUGUGAUGAACUUGAGCAGUUGAUCGAAGGCAGCACCUUGCGAGAGAGUACGCAGUCCAAAGAGCUCACGAUCGCGGUCCAAGAGCGAAACGAUGCGAUAAAUCGUGUUAAAAUUUUCGAAAAGGAUGUUAAGCGACUGAACGGCGAGGUGGAACGUCUGGUCGGUAAGCUAGGGGACGCAGAACGUGCGGCACUUCGGGAGAAGGAAGAGAUUCGAGCGGAGUGCGCGGAGCGAGUCCAGGAAUACGCCAUGCAAAUUUCAAAGCAUACCGCCUCCGCUCGCGAUGCAGCGAUUGAGGCGCAAAAACAAGGAAACCUCGCCCACAAUGUGCACAUGGCGAAGCAAGAACUCGAGUAUGAGCUCCACGAGGAGCGACGACAGAGGAUGGCGCUUCAACGACAGCUCGAAUGCAUGGAGGCUGCGAAGCAAACAAUCGCAGAUUUUGCUGCGGACGCCGAGGCAACGGUCCUGCGCUCGAUCGAGGCGCAGCGCGAGGCGAGCAUGGAGGUUCAGCGCCUGCGCAUGGAGAAGCACGAUUUGAAAGAUGUGGCUUCGCCGAAAUCGACUUCGCCAAAGUCUGCGAGUCAAACCGAACCUUGGCGCGCCCAGCUCGGCGCCGCGUUGGAGUUGCACCGCACCAUUCGCGGUAGUCCCGUAACACCGACGACACAGAGUCGCGCGAGCUGGUCUCGAGUCACCGACCUCACCGGUGGCGCCGCGUUCUCCCGCGUCCCGCGUCCGGUGCCUUCGUCGGCGCAGCGCUUGGAGGAGAUCCAAUCGGAGAUCGCCAUCAUCAAGCAGCGCCAAACUCCCGGGAAACCGACGUCUUUAGAGUCCAAAUUCAACCUUCAAAACGGCCCUCGAGUGACCACGGUCAACGAGGACGUCCUAGCCGGACCCGUGGCGUAG